GGCACAAUGCACUCGAAAAGAGACAGAGAAGCUGAUGGCAAGCGUUUGAUACACAAUUGCUACUUUUGACACAAGAUGUUACUAGGACUAACUUAUGAUUUUGACAUGGGUAUGACAACAGAAACUAGCGUUAGUUGUAAAAAUAUCUUUGCAGUGCGAGGAGCAAGUAAGCGCGAGCAAAUGAGAAAACGGUUCUCCGUUCUCGCUGAACAUUUUCACAGCUUUGGCGCCACUUCGGCGCGUCGUGAUACUUGUAAAGUUAAAUGCUAGCCUGACAAUAACUAUACCAGCAGGGUAGGUAAAUUAAACCGUUCUUAAGCUUUUAAAAUCGAAAUUCCUUUUAGAACUACUCACUUUGAAUGGUCAGGUCAAAUAUUUGCACACUUUACAUAGGGUUAGGGUUGGGCUACAGUAGCUAGCUAGCUGUUAGCCGGCAAUUGCAACUGCCUAAACUUUAGCCUAAACGUUACUUUCUUGCUACAUUACUGCUAACUAUGCUAACAUGUGUUGCAUUCUAAUGAAAUUGUUAGGCUAGAUUUCCUAAUUAUCUGUUAAGCCACAAUGGAUGGCCAAGAAUCAUUUGUGAACAUAGACAUCCUCCUACUUCAGCUGGUUCUGCAGUCUAGGGAACUGUCUCAAAAGAAGAAUGCGAUAAAUCAACAAAUAGAACUUUGCAAAGCUAAUAUUGCUCAGAAGAAAUCUUACAUAGAAACUACCACCUGCAGUAUAAGGAAACUUGAAGAUGAAAUUAAUCAGAAACAGAAAAUUGUAAAGCAUUUUAAAGCCAAUGCAAAAAGCAUGAAGGCAACCAACAACUACCUUCAACAGUAUGAGAAAGUGUUGCAGUUGGAACUGGAGAGGACACAAGAGAACUGCAAUCAAGAAAAGAAGGUCUACCAGGAGAGAAUUGAAAGCUACAAAAAGGUGUUCCAGAAAUACAAAGAGUAUUACUGUGAAAGUCCUCUUGCCAAAAAACUCCUCAUGAUACAGUCUGAGAAUGAGGAGAUUGAGCGUCGCAUUAAAGCUUGCGAUGGACAGAUAAGAAUGAGAGAGAAAGAGCUAGAAGAUCAGCAUGGGAAAACACACAGUACUUUUUCCAUUGAGAACUCAGCAGAAAGUGUCUCUGAUCGUGUGAGUACUGAGGAGCCUAACAGACAGCCAGAUCAUCAAGCAGAUGACCUCGAUGCUCACAUACACUUGUCUUCUCUCCACCUCACCCAGCCAAAGGGGCAGGAUGGUUGUCAGGACAUUGGUGAGGGAAUGGCUGAGGAGAAUCUUGAGGAAACCAUCAGUUUGAACACACCAGCCUACCCUCCAUCUGAAGGAGUUGCUAGUCCUGAAAUGUGGUCCAACAAGGAAGUAAUAGAACAAUUGCAGCCAUCAGUUGAGGUUUCAAGUAUGGAUCGCAACCAAGGAAGUGUGCUAGAUGUGCAGGACGAGCCUCCUACUCUAGCUAGUAUAGCAGAGGAGACAGAGGUGGUGGGGCAGAGAGAGACCGUGGACGAGGAGCAGGCACCUUUCAGGCACAUGAUUGAGGAGGAGGAGCAGGGGGAGAAGAAGCAGUCUUCCCUAACUUUGAUGGCCUGUACUCAGUCUUCCCCUUCUAGAGCUUUUACCAGUCAGGGUUCACCUUCCAGAGAAGGCCCUCAUAUCUCCCCACGGAGAAUGAAAGCAGUGUCAAAUACCCCGACCUUCUCACUUGUCUCCAGCCCCAGCAGUUCUCCCGGUCACCAGGAGAGUGGAGAUGCCACAUCUCCAGGCUUCCUGUUCUCCAUGAGCUCUGCCACCCCAGGCUUCUCAGGGUUCGACUGUGGCUUCAACAUGGCCUCGCCACAAGCAGAGGACUCUCCUUUUACUUUCACAAGCUCUUAUUUCAGUGACAAGAAACCCUCUGGAUCCAAGUCCACAAGUGGCUUUCCCUUUGACCAAUCUGAGAAGUCGGAAGACGACUUUGAGUUUGCCUUUUCUGACCAGAGCCCUGGGAACCAGGAAACGGGAGGAGCUGUGGAUGCAUUGCCAUUCUCCUUCAACUUUUGAACAUUUUAACAGAGAUUCUGAUCCAG